CUGACGCUGCAACUCAUACCAAUCCCUCCAAAUAAGGAGUGGUAUUAUAUUUCGUGUUGGUGUUCCGAGUAUUGUUAAUCUGUUGACUAGCUAUUCUUAUAUUGUUCAAGUUCAAUAAAUACAGAAGUCAUCUGGGUCGAGCGCGUUGAGAGCUAGAUUCGAAAUAGUACUUGAGCGAGGGAACCUAACACGAUAUAUAUAUAUAUAUAUCGAGUCUCUUCAGACGAACAAGAUUUCUCUUCACUCAGAGCCUUGGGCAGCAAAAAGAUAGCCGCAGCGCCUGACACACUCCCCGCACUUGGCUCACUUUGUGAUCAAUAAUCCUAACUAGAUAGUUACAGACGCUAUAGUAAAUGGUGAACAACCUCGUGUUUGAAGUUGGAGGAAACGAUCCAGGUCACCUGACCUUUGUCGCGCAAACUCUCAGGAACAAAGAAAGCCAAAAGCAAGCAAAGAAAGCUAAUAGUCUUUGGAACUGGAAGGCAGGGCAUACAUGCACGUAGCUCCAAACUGCUAUUUUACUUGUAAAUAAUUUAUACGGAGAUGGAAUAUACGAUAGUCGACGACCUUGAAUCCAGAGAGGUCGUUGACUGGGCAGCGACAGAGGUAGCCUUUACAGGAUUCUGAUAAGAAAGACCAGGAAGAAGCGAAAACUCGAUCGAAUAUGUUGCCCCUUUUCAGAUCCUGUCCUCAAAAAGCUGGCAGCUCAGCGGUGCGUCUUAGCGCAGUGAAUCAGUAAUCAGUGCCAUCGCGGCUCACUUGGAACCUGCUUGAAACCAGAGGCAGGGAGCCCGUCCCACGAAUCCACACCACGACCACUGACCACACGUCCGAGCGCUCUUCAGCCACAGGCCGUCGACCUCCUCUCGUGAUAGUCUACCGGCCUCCAUCCUCAACGUCGAAAUCGUUAUCAAUGCCCUUGCCUUCUUUGCGCCCUCUCCUUCUUGCCGCAUAACUGUUCUGUGUUUGUUUGUUGCGCCCGACCGUGCUCCGCGAGUUCCAAUUCAGUUCCUGGGGCUCUUCCAAGCACCCCCGCCUCCUCUCAUAAGCGACACGGAAGUCGAUCCUCUCCAGACCUGACCGACUCGCGAGCUCCUCCCAGACCACUGCGACCGCGCCAACAACCGGGCGUCAGCGUACGACAACUUUCCAUCGCCUGCCAAUCGCCCCUGUCCACACGUCGUCGAGGCCGACAUAAACAAAUCCUCCAGACUCGCCUUUACUCCGCCAAACCGCACCCGCCUUAACCCCUCUUGCUAGCGUGUGGCGCCUUGCUGCACUGGCAUCGAGAACCUCGCUCGAGUACAUGUGGCAGUUUGAUUAGCGGUGACAAUGAAGGGUUUCAGACAGAGAGUGCAUGAGCAGUUGUCGAGGGCGAAAGAUAACAAGUCCUCGAAGAAGAAAGACGCCUCGAAUGCCUCCUCCCAGAACUCGACCGGCCUCGGCGUUCACCAUGGCCAACAAUCCACCUCUCCGAGCCAGGUUACACCUACAUCAUCGACCACAUCCGUGAAUGAUAUUAGAGCGAAGGCUACUGAAGAUGGCUCGCAGAGCGCACCGUAUCCUCCUGGUCAGUAUAAUGUCCCGCAGGGCGGAGGUAUCGUCAGGAAACCUGUCAAUAACGGAGAUCCAGGCACUCCGACGAAAGCGCCAAUGGCCCCGAGUGUUGUGAUCAGUCCCAGCGCACCGCACGUUCCCCCACCCGGUGCCGCUGAGACCAUGCCGGGCGACCUGGCCCCUCCGAGGAAAUCCCAUGUCUUCGAUCGCCUUCAAACCACACCUAAAGAUCUGUCUGAAGGUAUUCGGACUCCGAAGCGUCAACAUUCUUCUCGAUUUGAUAUUUCCGAUCAGCGCCAGAGGGAACUGGAGAAACUUCCAGGCUUCCACGAAGUCCCGCCUAAUCGCCGGCAAGAGCUUUUCAUGCAGAAGAUUGACCAAUGCAACAUUAUCUUUGAUUUCAACGAUCCGACGGCAGACAUGAAGUCGAAGGAAAUAAAGAGGCUGGCUCUCCACGAACUCCUGGACUAUAUUGCCAACAACCGCUCGGUGAUCACGGAACCCAUGUACCCUCGCGUGGUUGAGAUGUUUGCCAAAAACCUGUUUCGACCCAUCCCGCCCCCAAUCACACCUCAGGGAGAGGCAUUCGACCCUGAAGAAGACGAACCGGUUUUGGAAGUUGCGUGGCCCCAUAUACAAGUGGUCUACGAGUUCUUCUUGCGUUUCAUCGAAAGCCAAGACUUUAAUACAAACAUCGCGAAAGCGUACAUUGACCAUCAUUUUGUGCUUCAGUUACUAGAGUUGUUUGAUUCCGAAGACCCGCGCGAGCGCGAUUUCCUCAAGACAACACUGCAUCGUAUCUACGGAAAGUUCCUCAAUCUACGCUCAUAUAUCCGACGAUCUAUAAACAACGUCUUCUUCCAGUUCACCUACGAGACUGAGCGGUUUAACGGAAUUGCGGAGCUAUUGGAGAUUUUGGGAUCGAUUAUCAACGGCUUCGCCCUUCCCCUCAAGGAGGAACAUAAGCUGUUUUUGACCAGGGUCUUACUUCCCAUGCACAAGGUCAAGAGCCUCAGCAUGUAUCACCCGCAGCUGGCUUAUUGCAUCGUUCAAUUCCUUGAAAAGGACUCCACGUUAACAGAAGAUGUUGUCCUCGGCUUGCUUCGAUACUGGCCUAAAACAAACAGCACUAAGGAAGUCAUGUACCUGAAUGAAGUGGAGGACAUUUUUGAGGUCAUGGACCCCGCGGAAUUCGCAAAAGUGCAAGAGCCGCUGUUCCACCAGCUGGCUAAAUCGGUCGCAAGCCCGCACUUCCAGGUCGCUGAACGAGCACUUUACUUUUGGAACAACGAAUACUUUUGCAACCUGGUUAGCGAUAAUGUCGAGGUUAUUCUACCGAUCAUGUUCCCUCCACUAUUUGAGAACUCCAAGGGCCACUGGAACCGAACUAUCCAUAGCAUGGUCUACAACGCGAUGAAGAUGUUCAUGGAAAUCAACCCUCAGCUCUUCGAUGAGUGCUCACAUGAAUAUAACGAACGACAGAACAGCGCUGAACUCCGCGAGAAAGCCCGGUUGAGUCGCUGGGCCAAGGUUACUGAAAAGGCGGCACAGAGACAGAAUGGUGUUGCCCGCCCGCGGGGUUCGUCGUCCGCUGAGAUUCCGCUUCAGCUCGACGAUCUCGAUGCCAUCACCCAAGAAAGCCAGAAUCGCCUCAACUCGUUGAAACUCGAUGAGUCCAGUCCGGCAAGAAGCGGCCCAAGGCCACGCGAGGGCUCAAUCACGUCUAGACGGCGCCGCGGUGCCCUUGAAGAUGGUAGAAGGCGACGAAGCAACAGUGGUGGUGAGAUUCGGCCUCGUCGACGACCCAUUGGGUCUUCUGCAGUAACAGGUUUGGUGCGGAGCAACUCGAUGAAAUAACAUAAUUGCCCCCCAACUAGCAACAUCGUAUGCGUUCGUCCCAGCGACCGAUCUGUCUAUUGGUGGACCACCUCUUAACAUCGCGCCCAGCUUUCGUCCCUCAUCUUUCCCAUCUCAUUUCAUUAUUUCAGAUUCUUUUGUGUACAUGGCUUUCGAUAUUAUUCUUUGUCCGCGUGACUCGCUAGCUCUGUGAGUUAGCGGACAUCCUAGUUGGACUAUUAGAACUGUGUUCGGGUCUGGAAAACGGGUGCAAAUGGCGUUCCCUUCACUCGGCAUUGAUGUCGAUGACUUUUGUGACGUUUAUAACAUGAAAUACUUAAGGCAUAGCCUGGAUCAAUUACCUUCAAUAUUAGCCUGUAUGUGCUUUGGGCUGUUCCUGUUGUGUCCUCACACGUGCCUCUAGCGCGGGAUUACCAGCCAUUGGACGAACAAUCUCUCUAGCCGAUGUCAGCGCGCGGUACUCGGCGCGGAUUAAUGUAUUCCCCAAAAUUGCCUAUCUCGGACU